AUAUGUAAUGUGAUUAUGUGAGAAUUGACUAUUGAGAACUUUCUAACCCUUUCUAUCGCGAAGUGAAGGAAAAGUUUGCAGUCUGCAGAAGUCAAGCUUCACGUCCACGAAUCCAUCGGCACACCGCGCACCUUCGCUCGGACUCCACUAUUAACAGAAAUUUUCCCGGCGCCUACCCAUCACCCACGCCGCCCCGGGAAUAAACGCCUCCGAGGAACUUCUCCGCCUCGGCUACCUGGACAAAAAUUUCUAAUACAAAUAAUUGUAUAAAGUCUCGAAAGUCUCUUUGCUUUCCAGAUGCCGGACACCGUAUUUACCUCGGAGACAUCUUCCAAGUCAUCGGAUUUCAACUCCAAUUCCCGCAUAAUAUGCCGCGUAUGCGAAAAACAAUUUUCCCAAUAUACAUGCCCUCGUUGCAAUACUCGGUAUUGCUCUCUGCAUUGCUACAAGUCUCAUAGCCUUCGCUGUACAGAGUCUUUUAUGAGAGAGAAUGUCAUGGAAGAACUUCAACAACUGCAACCUGAUGAACAAAGUAAAUCUAAAAUGUUGGAUAUACUUAAACGGUUCCAUGAGGAAGAGGAGACAGAUAGCUUGGAUGAAGAGGAGUUGGAUUCGUCUUUGUCAGAGGAGACUAUUCAGAAGAUUUUAUCUGGAGGUCAGAUAAGUUUUGAUGAUUUAUCUGUCGAAGAAAAGAAACGUUUCCAGAGAGCUGUUGCCACUGGAGAGCUCAGCAAAUUGAUUGAACCGUGGGAUCCAUGGUGGUUCAAACCUUCUGCCAAAAAUAUAUCACUUGGUUCUGAUGGAAUCCAACUAGUCCGACCAAUCGAGGAAGAAGGCUUGGGACCAUCCUCGGAAAAUGAUGUGGAAAGUGAUCAAUGGCAUGAAAUACCACCAGGACCUGAUACUCCCCUGCUGCCAGUUAGUAAACUCACUGUAUCUGCUCCAUCUCCACUAUUAACAGUCCACCUUGUCGACAUCAUUUAUAGUUAUUGCUUCACCCUUCGCAUUUACAAUGGGGAUCCAAAAUCAGAUCCCUUGGAAUCAGUGAUGGUAGUGCUGAGUGUCUCUUCUGUUUUGGGUCAAGGGGGACAGCCUGAGACGAUUGCAGAAGCCUUAUUACAUUGCUUGGAGCGUACAUGCUCUCCAACAUACAGGCACAUGGGUGGUCUGCAAUUUGGGUUGAGGCUUGUAGAUGAUAUAAUCCAUCUACUUUAUCUCGGAAGUGCUGCUUUAGUCUGCUUACUGUGUGAUAUGCAGAAGCUAAUUCAGGCUGCUGAAAAAGAGCUAAAGUCAGAGAAAUUGUACAAAUCAAAAAGAGCAGAACUCAAGAGCAAGCUCAGGUCGGCUGAGCGUAAAGUUUACUUCAUGAUGUGUUGGGUUUAUGAGCAGCCAUCUGAAGCAUGGUCUUCUUUGGCAGCCAUUGUAAACACGGAGAAAUCUUCUGCUAUGGAGUUUGCAGACAGUAAAAGAAGCACCGUAAGAAUGGAGGAGAAAACAGAAAGAAGCGGCAAACCUUUGAUUAAGGAGGUGAAGUGAGCUACUUUGGGCUCAUUAGUCUCUACUUUUAUGUAUGUUCGUGUUAGUAUGCUCUCUAUAUUAAUAUUCAGUAUAUAUUCUCCUCUUAGUGUUUAUGUUGCUGAUGGAAUCAAAGUGCUAGGGCUGGUCGUUCACAUAAAUUUGCAUUUUCAUUCAGAGUCACUCACCGGUUUGUUUCAGGCCAUUCUUGAAUUUCUGGUGUUUUGGGGAAAAAGCAGUAAAAAGAUCUGAAAAGACAGAUCUGGAGCUUAUAUAACUGUUUGUAUUCUUUAUGAUGCAUGUGCCACUUCUUUUUACUA